AUGGCCACAAACACCCCUGAAGCCAUAGCGAUCGAGCAAAAACUAGCGGUGCAGUCCAUCCGGAAGUUCCUCGAGUCUAAAACAUCGUACGAUGUCUUACCCGUAUCGUACCGGCUGAUCGUGAUGGACACGUCACUUUUGGUGAAGAAGUCUUUGAACAUUUUACUGCAAAACAACAUCGUUUCCGCUCCUCUUUGGGAUUCGCGCACAUCGAGAUUUGCAGGACUUCUGACCUCGUCAGAUUUCAUCAACGUGAUCCAAUACUAUUUCUCGAACCCUGACAAGUUCGAGUUGGUCGACAAGCUUCAGCUGGAUGGUCUUCGAGACGUGGAGCGCGCAAUCGGCGUCAGACCGCUUGACACGGGGUCAAUCCAUCCUUUCAAGCCUCUUUACGAUGCGUGCUGCAAAAUGCUGGAAUCUAGAAGUCGCAGGAUCCCCCUCAUUGAUCAAGAUGAAGAAACGCGCAGGGAGAUUGUUGUGAGCGUACUAACGCAGUAUCGGAUUCUGAAGUUCGUCGCUCUUAACUGCCGCGAAACGCGCUAUCUCAAACGUCCCAUUGGCGAGUUGGGAAUAAUAACGGAGGGCGACCUUUUGCGCUGCGAUAUGCACACACCUGUUAUCGACGUCAUUCAGCUACUGACGCAAGGCGGCGUCUCAAGCAUACCCAUCGUCGACGAGCACGGCAAACUUGUAAACGUGUACGAGGCAGUUGAUGUACUGGGGCUCAUCAAGGGCGGUAUUUACAACGACUUGUCACUAAGCGUCGGCGAGGCGCUUAUGAGACGAUCCGAUGACUUUGAGGGCGUCUAUACGUGCACUCAAAACGACAAGCUCGUUACUAUCAUGGACACUAUAAGAAAAUCCAGGGUUCACCGGUUUUUCGUCGUCAACGAAGAGGGAUAUUUGACGGGCGUCCUGACCUUGAGCGACAUUCUCAAAUAUAUACUGUUUGAGGAGAAAUGA